GUCUACAGUCGCGUGCUGUAACAUCUCGCAGUUCUCUGUAACGCUGCUCCGGAUAUAUUCUCGGUUAUUGCAACCACUAUAAAGGCACGUCCGCAAUUUGUAUAUACCGUCUGUUAUGCCGCCGCAUGCUGCAGUCGGUGGAGAACGGGAUGCUGUCUGUACCUCUAUCGGAGACGAAGAUAUCGCCUGUAUCUUCGCUGAACCUGGGUUGUUCCAACAGUCUUUGCUAGUUUAUGGGAUGCUAGCCACCAUGACCGUGGGAAUGCACAACCAGGCGCAUGUUUUGAUUGCCCCCAAGCUGAACCAUUGGUGCGCUCCAGGGGAGGACGUUGGGAACAUGACGGUCGAAGAGUGGAAAGCAGCCAACAUCCCACAGACCGACGACGGUGACUACAAAGAAUGCGAGAUGUACGAUGGACCGCUGUCCGAACGUCGUCACAAUCGUAGCAUCGUGCGGUGCAAAUCGUGGCAGUACAUCAACGAGUCAGGGCACGGUGGCACCAUAACAGAGGAGUGGAACUUGGUGUGCUACGAUUCAUGGCUGUGGACAGCGUCCGUCGUGAUGUUCCAUAUUGGGUCGGCGAUCGGCUUCAUCAUUGCUGGCGUCUUUUUAGACCGAAUUGGCAGGAAACCAGUUAUUCGCGCGAGUGUCCUGGCAGCUGUCGUGUCUGGCUUCGCUAUGACAUCUGCGACGACGGUGCACGUUUUCAUCUGCUUGCGAUUCCUCCUGGGCGCUGGCGUCAGUGCUCACGCUCUGAGUUCCUACGUUCUCUUAAUGGAAGUGAUUCCUACUGACUGGCAAGGCAUCUGCGGAGUGCUACUGUCGGCUGCAUUUGGCACUGGCUUUCUGGUUGUCAAUGUACUGGGACAGUACCGUCUCAGCUGGCGACUGCUUCAGCUGACAAUCGCGGUUCUAUCGUCGACCCUCCUAACUGGAUUUAUAUUCGUACAAGAGUCCCCCCGAUGGCUAAUAUCAAGGUGCGGAUUCGAUGAAGCUGAUAAGGUAGUGAAGUCCAUGGCCCAGCUGAACGGCAGAAACAAGAACAAGGUACUCGGAGUUUGGCUUACACUGCGACUGGAACUUGAGAAGGGCGUGUGCAAAGCCAGAGGCAUAUCGCAGAGUGAAGCAUUAAAAUUGAUACUUUCUACUCCGCUUAUGUAUAGAAACUUGAUCGCCUCCUACGCUUGGUUAACUAUAUCCAUGGUGACAUCUUCUGUGAACAGGAACUUCGAGUCCAUCUACACGCUGCUGGUUUCCACGGCUGUAACAGCAUACAUUUCAAAGUUUUUCGCAUUUGUCGGUAUCGAGAAAUUCGGACGACGCUCCACUUUAUCUUUGACGUUGCUCUUCAUGUCUGUGUCUGCCGUCGGCUAUACACUUUUUGGAAAAGAGAACGAAACUCAAAGAGUUGUGUUUUUGUCCCUGGCCUUGUUCUUCACCGGCGUGGGCGAUGCCGUCAUCGUGUUGUACGUUACGGAGCUGAACCCGAUUUCACUUCGAGUCAUGGGCCUUUGCUUUGGAAGUCUUCUGGGAAGGUUGGGGAACGUGUUCGGCAAUCUCAGCAGUGACCUGGUUCGAGCUACAUCGGCUGAAGUUCCGUGGGUGCUGUUCACCAUGACCUGCUCAGUGGCCGGCCUCUUGGUCACGCUUCUUCCCGAGACACGGUCUUCUAGAUUUACCAAAGUCACAAUAGGAGAUGACUUUUUCCAUAUUGCUCCACUUUGCACCAAGAAGGCAUCCGCAAAAGAAAGAAGGAAAGAAAUCCUACGGGCCUCAAGAAAAGCACGUGCCCUGGAAAGCGACGACAGUAAGCUUGUGAUCACCGGGAGAUCCCUGGUUGCCCUCGUAGGAAAGCCUGAGUCAAAGCCACAAAGGGAACCAUUUUAUGCUGGGUCGUCACUUUAAAGGCACUCCGGAGUCCUAGUUUUGAUUUUCAGUUCACAUCAUUUACACUAAUAUGAACUGUUAAUGUAAUGUUGUAUUCGUGCUCAAGAAUAACCGCAUUCGAUGCUCCGAUGUGUUCCGGCGGUGCUCCGAUUUUAUGCUGGUCAUGCGCGUCUCACGCAAUAAAAUGAUAUUGUGAAGCAGGAGAAAAGCAAGAUAUGAGCAAUAUAAACCAGAAUAUGACGCGAGGUAGAGACCGCCGGAAGUUGACGAUGACCAUGAGCUUCGUUUCGGU